GGCGCGCAGAGCCAGUCGCGGAGUGAUCGAGAUUAACGGGCAGCUGAGAGGGGGGGCUUUUCCCUUACAGCGCUAAUUGUAGCUAAGCGGUGCGACACGGAAAUCAUCCCGGUUUUUAACUUUUUAUUGGGUUUGAUUUUUGUUUAUUUAAAUGUAAAUGUUGUUGACUGGGUCCCGCUCCCCCCCCCUCAGGCUGCACCACAACAGCCCACAAUCAGACCGACGGACGGACGGAAAGCCGAUGGCAGGCGACGCGAAUUAGCUUAGCCGGAGAAAGCUAGCCAUAAGAUCCAUCUCUCUCUCCGGUGGGGAAACGGACACCACCGGGAAACACACGGGAAUCUAACACAAGGGUCGCCGUUAUUUCACAGUGAGCUCAGCAUCUGUGGGGAUAAAGAACAGAGGCAGCGGCUAGCAAACAAACCCGGGGACUAUCUGUGUGAUUCCGGCGUUUUUACCUCAGAGCUGCUGCUGCUGCUGCUGCUGCUGUUACUGCAGCCGCCGGGACUCGAACUGACAAGGGGGACUUUCGCUCUUACACAAAAUAACAGUUACUGUAUAAAAGUGUUGUUUCCAAAAACAGAGCAUUUGCUAAACCCGUCGCCCCCGUGACAGGGGUGUCGGUAUCGGGGGGAGGGGGGUCCCGAUUAUCUGGCCGGGUUUCCGCGGGGUUUCUGUGGAGCUUUAGGACGGAGGCGAGCAGAAAUAACGCUGCUACUAAAUGGCUGCUGCCGCUGCUGCCGCUUCGGGAACCUGGGAACGAACCGCCGCCGCCUGAGGAGCUCCACACAAAAGCCUUUCCGAUGGUGAUCACUUCAUCCGUGGAGGAGAAGCCGCAGCCUUCUAACAGAAUGGUCGCCAACCUGUCGACCGACUCCUGGGUCGGCACCUCGGAUCAAAGUCGCUACGUACCGCAGUCUCACCUGCUCCGGAAGCCGUCCAAAAGUUCAGGAUGUAUGCCCCCCUCCUCGUCCCUGUGUUUCUCCCCCGCUGAGCGAAACAUGUCGAGCCAGCACACUCAUCCUGGAUUAAGCAACAUCCAGUCCAUGGCAGAACAGCAGCAGGUGCUGUCUGAUAUGACCAUUCUGCAGAGGAGGAUCCCACCGAGUUUCAGAGACCCCGCGAGUGCGCCACUCAGAAAACUCUCAGUUGAUCUCAUCAAGACUUACAAGCACAUCAAUGAGGUGUACUACACUAAGAAGAAGCGACGUGCGCAGCAGGUUCCGCCCGAGGACUCGAGCACCAAGAAAGAGCGGAAAGUUUACAACGACGGCUACGAUGACGACAACUACGACUACAUCGUGAAGAACGGGGAGAAGUGGCUUGACCGUUACGAAAUCGACUCACUCAUCGGCAAGGGCUCCUUUGGACAGGUGGUGAAGGCGUACGAUCACCACGAGCAGGAGUGGGUGGCCAUCAAGAUCAUCAAGAAUAAAAAAGCCUUCCUGAACCAGGCACAGAUUGAGCUCAGGCUCCUCGAGCUCAUGAACAAACACGACACUGAGAUGAAAUACUAUAUAGUCCACCUAAAGCGGCACUUCAUGUUCCGUAAUCACCUGUGUUUGGUGUUUGAGCUGCUCUCCUAUAACCUGUACGAUCUGCUGCGUAACACUAAUUUCCGUGGCGUGUCGCUCAACUUGACACGGAAGUUCGCUCAGCAGCUGUGCACGGCGCUGCUCUUCUUAGCCACACCUGAGCUCAGCAUCAUCCACUGCGACCUGAAGCCUGAGAACAUCUUGCUGUGUAACCCCAAACGCAGUGCCAUCAAAAUUGUUGACUUCGGCAGCUCCUGUCAGCUUGGCCAGAGGAUCUAUCAGUACAUACAGAGUCGGUUCUACCGUUCUCCGGAGGUGUUGUUGGGAAUGCCGUAUGAUCUGGCCAUCGACAUGUGGAGUCUCGGGUGCAUCUUGGUGGAGAUGCACACGGGGGAGCCACUAUUCAGUGGCUCUAAUGAGGUGGAUCAGAUGAAUAAGAUUGUGGAGGUGCUGGGUGUUCCUCCAAACCACAUGCUGGAUCAGGCACCUAAAGCACGUAAAUACUUUGAUAAGCUCUCAGACGGCCUGUGGACCGUCAAGAAGAACAAGGACAUAAAGAAGGUACUUUAUCCUUCAGCCUCUGAGUAUAAGCCUCCUGCAACGCGGCGUCUCCAUGAGAUUUUGGGGGUGGAGACUGGGGGUCCUGGGGGAAGGCGAGCUGGGGAACAAGGCCACGCCCCUUGUGAUUAUCUGAAGUUUAAGGACCUGAUCCUGCGCAUGCUGGAUUAUGACCCCAAAACGCGCAUCACGCCGUUCUACGCCCUGCAGCACAACUUCUUCAAAAAGACCACAGAUGAGGGAACAAACACCAGCAGCUCCACCUCCACCAGCCCAGCCAUGGACCACAGCCACUCCACCUCCACCACCAGCUCUGUGUCCAGCUCUGGUGGAUCCAGCGGUUCUUCCAAUGACAACCGAAACUAUCGGUACAGCAACCGAUACUACAACAGUGCCGUCACACACACAGACUACGAGAUGCAGAGCCCACAGGCUCCGUCUCAGCAGCAGUUGCGUAUCUGGCCAGGCAGUGAUAGUAGUGACUCGUCGUACCCGCAGCUCCUGCUGCACAAACCGGCCGCUACGCAGCAGCGCCACUUCCUGAGCGGAGCGGCCAUGAUGGAGACGUUGCAUCCACACCCUGUCUACGGCCGCCAGCUUCGCCAGCAGGGUCCGGCCCAGGGUCAAGGGUCACAAGUUCCAGGCUCACAAGGCCAAGGCUCGCAAGGCCAGGCGAUGAUGUCAUCGCCGCCGCCAUCGUCACAGGACAGCAUCGAGCUGAGUCUUGGCGGCCAUCAUCAGCAUCACCACCAUCACCAAUUGGCUCAGUCUUCCUUGGCUCCGCCCCUUUCUCUUCCUCCGUCGAGCCUGGACUCCAGUCAGUACGGCUCCUCCAACCUCCACCUGGGAAUCUCUGCCUUUCGGACUAGAACGGCCUCUCAGACGCAGCAGAUCGCACAAGCCCCGCCCACUCAGGACAGCAUGGGCUAUGUCCCGCCCUGUUACCCCGGAAACAACAAUAACAACCCACCACAGGGAGGUGGAGUAAUUACUGGAGCACCUCCCAGAGGCGGGGUUAGACCCGAUUCGUCGGAGGAUUCCAUCAUGAUGGGAGGUGGGGGGGGUGGAGGCGGGCAGAGCGCGGCCAACUCUUGAUAAAUCUUGAACAAAUUACGCAAAGCCAUACACGAAAAAAUUGAAAAACUAAAAAAAUUUUAACGUAAAUGAUUUAACAAAAACAAAAAUACACAGACAUGUAGUACACACACACACACACACACACACACUCAGAAACACCACACAGAGAAAAAACUUUUACGUUUCUUUUUUUUUUGCAAACUUUUGCAUGGGGAGGAGGAGGAGGAGGAAAGUGAGAAGGAAAUAACAUUGUUAAACAUUUUAGAACGACGUGAGCAGAGGGAUGAGUGAAGCCGUCAGAGAGAGUCAGAAGGUUCGUUUUUAUUACUAUUAUCAAUUCUUCUUCUUCUUAUUAUUAUUAUUAUUAUGGGAUUUUAUGUGAUUUAAGGGUAGGUUUGCAGCGAGAGAUUUACGAUUAUUUUGUUGGAAUUUUUGUUGUUUUAUUUUGUUUCCGAGGAACGAAACAUUGACGAGCGUUGGAUUGGAGUGAUGAAGGUUAGAGAGAGAGAGAGAGAGAGAGAGAGAGAGAGAGAGAGAGAUGAAGAAACAGCACCAUGGCAUCUGCAUGUGUCGAUUAUGGGUUAUACGAUAUAUCGCAAUAUUCAGCAUGAUAUUGUUACUGUAGAUGUUUUAUAGCAGGCAGCAGAGACAAAGUCAGUUUUUUUUUGUAAACGUAGCAGAAACACAGCAGCCUAUAAACGUCUGCCUCUGCUGCCUCUGCUGCCUCUGAGGUAGCCGUUCAUGUACAAUAACUAUCUCUGAAAUUGUAGAAACGCUCGUAACCUUUUUAAUACAAAGCGUUAAACAAACUUCAGCUUUAAAUAUGAUGUUAAAUACUUUAAAUGAUGUGAUAAUAUGGUGCGUGUGAUACGAUUGGGCUGUUUAUAUUCUAUAAUAGUUAUAACAGGAAUGUUUUAUCAGCUUUCACUGUUUCUGUGCUGUCGUGCCACCAUAUCUGGGAGACUGAACACUAAUAUCGCAAUAUAUCGUAUGACUGUCGUAUCGACACACACACACACACACACACACACACACACACACAUCUAGGUGGAGGUGACAGCUAUAAUUCACAUCCUCUCCAGCGUGUACACGUGUGAGAGAGAAGGAAGGAUCCAGUACGAUUUAUACUGUUGUUUUUCUGAAGUCUAGUGCUGAGUGUAUAUUGUUUAUAAAUUAAUUUAUUAAGAGUCACUACAGAGAGAGAGAGGGAUGGAGGGAUGAGGGAGAGAGAAAGACAAGGUGGGUGUGGUGUUUGUUUUUUUUAUUUAUUUGAUGUUUUAUUUAUUAUUUUGUCAGACAGGUGACACACAUUUUUGUUACGUUUUUCAUUCUGGUUGGCUGACACUGGCUUCUCUGAUCUCAAACUCUGAAACAAAUAAAAUGAAGAAAAUGACAGAAA